AUGAACAUUCGAAAUUCUGAAGACUAUGCUUUAGGUGUUAAAAAGUCAAUGUGUCGACAGCCACAUAGAAAUAUACUUCGUCCGAAACCUAGUUCUGCACUUGUUGGGUUUGCCGAAGCGACGGUGACCGUCGCUCACCAUAAAAUGCGUUCGCUGUUGGCGUAUUACGCUGACGCAGUGAUGUCGGUGGCUGGUGGCGCAACUGGUUGCGCGCACGACUGCAGCGGCCGAGGCGACUGUAUGAACGGCACGUGUUUGUGCGAGAUUCGCUACACGGGCCAGGAGUGUGCUGGCCAUAAUAUACCAUACCAUGCAUGUAUUGGUGGCGUGUUUCUUCUAGUUGCAUUCGUCUGCGCAGUUCAGCUCACAAUAUGUAUAGUCACAGAGUACAGACGGCUGAAGGCACCGACCUUCCUGCGUGCCUGCAAGGUUACCACACAGAAGAUGUUGUAUCUAGUCGCGUUCUUGGCAUCGCUGAUUCGAGGAGCUUACUUUGUCUCACCGUCUGCAUUCCAAGAGGGCUGGGCGACGAGUCUUCUAUCAGCUUACUAUCCUCUACUUAUGUCGGGGUCCUCACUCAUUGUCUGCUUCUGGGCAGAGGUUUUCCAUCUGCGUGAUAUCCGUUGGGAGAGGCCGCGGUUCCUGUCGAAGUCUUUCCUCGCCUUUGUAACAUUCAACGUGAUCAGUUACUCGCUGUUAGCUGCCGAAGUACUAACUACGAACGUUGCCGACACUGAUCCCGUAAAGAAGAGUUUCUAUCAGCACAUAUUCAACGGCUGCUACGCUGUCUUGCUUUUCAUCGUGGUCAUAUUUUUCCUGAUUUAUGGAGUCGAGGUCUACUUCAAGCUUCGCGGUGAGUUCCUGAAAGAGACGAAGGUAUGCACUAUAAUAUCGCCCCGACCGGGGCCCUCUACCGCAGCCGACGGCGAUGACGUACAAGACACACUUGUCACUAAACAGGGUGUUCUCACAGAUCUCGCCGAGAGGGACGGCACGGUAGACCCUCGCUCCGUAAACCAUUCCCAACUGCACCAGUCACGUGUCGGACUCAUCAGUCAGGCGCUUAUGCUGAUCCUCAUUGCUGGAUUCCUUGCGUCCGAAACCCUUAGUGAAUUCUGGAAGACCAAGGUACCGGUGGUGUCCCGCAACUGGCACGAUCUAGUGUUCCGUUUGGCCGAGAUCGGCGUAGCGCUAUGGUUCCCGUGCGUGCUGUGGAACUCCAUGGCGCCCGAAAGACUGUGGCUCCUCAACCCUCGGCGCCUGCUCGCCAAGCAGCUAGACGAUUCACGUCUUGCGGACCUGCUAGCGCAUCAUCAUGACACCAAGAGCGUAAUCCGGUUCUGCUGGCGGGGUUGCAAUGAGAUGAAGCGUUACUUGUACCUCUACUGGAAGUGGUUGAUAGUCAGGGUCGUAUAUAGUGUUGUGGUGCGGCCGCCGGCAAUCAGAGAAGUUUGUCAAAAUUCUGUAGAGAGCUGCUUGGAUAGAAAGAAUGUCGAGACCGACUCACUGGUCAGUAGCGUUGGGUCUACUCGAGACUGCUGGAUAUGUUACGACAGCGCACGGCCUGAGCCGCUCAUCCAUCCAUGUCGCUGCACAGGAGACGUUUCUGCCGUACAUCACGACUGUCUCAGUCGCUGGCUUGUUGAGAGCGCACAGAGUCCUAAUGGCUUAAAAUGUCAUGUCUGCAACACUCCUUACAUCGUUCAAGAGACCAAUAGAGUGGUGUGGGAGCGCGGGUUCACGUGCUCGCACUGGCUGCGCACGGCGCUGGCGGUGGCGUGCAUGUGCGGGGCGGCGGCGGCGGCCUGGGUGUGCGUGCAGCUCGCCGCCUCGCCCGUCGCGCGCGUGCUCGGCGCCGGAGCCGCGCUGCUCAUCUGCUACGUAGCCAUCAGAUUUUUGGGCAUGAACACAGUGAGUGCCUAUCAGCGUGCCAAAGUUUCCUCUCUUCGCAUUUUGACCGAACCGUUGACGGAAAUAACCGGUCAAACCGAUCAGGGCCAGCUAUCGACUAUCAGCAAGACUGUCACUGUCGAAAUAGCAUCCAAGGCUGUCCUCGAACGAGCCCUCAAAGGUGAUGUGAAUAAGUAA